UACAUAUAGUUUAAUAUAGAUUCAAUAUGGGGGCCGACCUAUAUCAGAUUUAAUAUAAAAAUAUAUAAUUGCUCAAAAACAUAGGGCAGCGAUCAAAUACAUGAAAAAGCAGCAAUUGAUAUGUGAAAAGGUGCGAAUUGGAAAUAGAAAGGGAUGUGAUCUGCAAGUGUGCAGCGAUUAAUUCUGAAGGGUUAUGUCCCUUGCAAGGGCAAUGAACUUAAUGAAAGGAUGUGACUCUCCCAUCAUGAAGAUAUAAAAUAGGAGAGAUGGCCAUUUGUUGAAGGGGGUAAUCAAAAAGCACAAGCACUCAUCCACAAAGGGCAGAUGAGUCAUAAAAUAUCAAAGCGACCAAGCAAUAAUUCCCAGCAACCUCAAUCCAUCAAGGAUAGGCAGCAUUGUAAUCGGCAGCCUACAUUCAUCCAACCAUAUCAGAAAAAAAAAUAUCAAGCAACGAGUACAAACAGCAAUCAGGCAUAUAUCGAUCAGAUCAAAGGUUUACUAUAUAUAGCAGACAAUAGCAAUCUCAUUCAUCUUUGUGUGAAGGAAGAAAUACGUGAUAAGGAGGCAGCAGCACUGACACCCGAAACAAGUGCGCCAACCCCUGGGGUGGGGCCAAGAGGCCAAAUGUCUGGGUCUUCAUUCCAUGCUCUUGGGCUUGAUUGGGAAGGACAGGCUCCUGGCGCCUUAUAUGAUUCUCCGAAGGAUUCCAUAGUGUGGAUUGGUUGGUAGGGAAGCCUUUGAUUGAAACCCGUCAUGCUCUCAAAGAGGAUGAAUAAGGAAACAUGUAUAGAAGAUGCAGAUACAAGCAUCCCACUAGAUAGACCACCACAUGCUGGAUGUCCGAUGUGCCUGCCACUUGGGGCUAAGGGGGAUGAUAUAUCCUGUCUGGGGCUUAGUGUGAGGAUUGCUUCAGGCUGAUCCUAUCAUGUUCCUCAUUCAAACUCUAUUGUGAUUAGACCUAUCUAAUGAAUUAUGAUAAUUAUAUGUAUUUGUACUUACAUGUGUGAUUACUAACUCGAAUGGAUAAAU